AACCUGGGCUCCGUUCGCGGCAGACAACGCGCAGCUUCAACCACGCAGAGCCUUUCCCGGGAGGAUCUCCAGCGUCUCCUGCUGGGCUUUGGCGUGCUUGUGCGCCACGCUCAAAAACUUAGGGUGGAUAUAGCAUUUCUCAGCCGUCUGUUCAGCGCGCAGCCUGCUUGCUAAAAAAAGAAGCAAGAAAGAAGGAAAGCAUUCCUGGUUGUCUUGUUACAGAUGCACAAUGUCGGCUGAAAAUAAGCAACAGCUUCUUUCGAAGCCAGCAUUCAGCAAAGAGCAAGCCACUGAAUUGGUCCAAAAGAUAUUCGGAUUAACUGUGUCGGAGCUCAAACCGUUGCCAAGCUAUGAUGACCAGAAUUUCUAUGUCUGUACUACUGCUGCUGCUGCUGCACUCGAAGGGAAAGCAGAGAGUGCCCAGAAUUUUGUCCUCAAAAUAAUCAAUUGUGAAGACAGCCAGAACACUGAACUCAUCGAGGUGCAGACCCGGGUCAUGAUAUUCCUGAAUGGCGAGGGCUUUCCCGUGCAAACUCCUCAUUCCACAAAAGAGGGCGGAAUAAUGUUUCUGGAAUCUGUAGGUACCGGCUCUGCCAAAAGAGAAUACAUAGUGCGGCUGUUGAGCUACCUCCCAGGCAAAACGGUGGCCACGAUCCGCACGGGUCCUCCUCUUCUGUAUGAACUUGGGCAGAUGGCAGCCAGGAUGGACAAAACACUCACAGAGAAAUUCCAGCAUCCAUUGGCGAGAAGUCUCCACCGAGGUGGCUUCAUCUGGAAUCUGGCUAAUGUCCCUCUUGUGGAGCAAUACAUUCAUGAGCUGGGCCGGAGCGAAUAUCUGGACGCAGUGAAAUGGGCCAUUGAUCAGUUCAGGUGUAAAAUAGUGCCAAACCUACGCUACUUUCGGCCCUGUAUCAUUCAUGGAGAUCUCAAUGACCACAAUAUUUUAGUAGAUACCGAUGUUACUUCCCCUAAACGCUCCCAGUACAGGGUGUCUGGUAUUUUGGACUUUAGCGACAUGAGCUAUGGCUACUACGUGUUUGAAGUAGCAAUACUCAUCAUGUACAUGAUGAUUGAAAGCAAGGAUCCCCUAAGCGUGGGAGGCCACAUUCUCGCAGGAUAUGAAAGUGUCAUCCCGCUGACAGAGAUGGAGCGAGGUGCCCUGUUUCUCCUAGUGUGUGGGAGGUUUGCUCAGUCUCUUGUGAUGGCUGCUCACACCACUCUCCUGCAGCCCGAGAACGAAGAGUACUUGAUGACUACGUCCAAGACAGGAUGGAAGCGCUUGCUGGCGCUCUUUGAAUUGGGCCCAAAGCCUGUGGAGAUGAUCUGGUUUAACACAGCAGAAGCAUAUGCCAAAAAAGGGCCCUCCUAAAUGUUGGGUUACAUGGUUAUGGGCUGCUCAGAUUUACACGGUUUUAAAAUGGGGCUCUGCCCAGAUUAAAGUUCCAAAUGUUAUGAUCAGGGAAUCUAGAAUACUGCUACCUGAAUGAAUUAUGCCAAUACUUAUUUAUCCUUUGUAUAAUUUCAUCCUGCUUCCAAAAUGUACUUUUUCAAAGAAUUUCAGAUUCAUUCCAUUGGUCAGAGCUAGCACACACAGGCCUCUGGAGCUUCUGACAAAACUAAUGCCUGUGUUUGCUUUUUUCCUCCUCCCCCCACAACCCCCUUUCCUUUUGUGCCCUUGAUCGUAAGCCUGUAGGCAGGGAGCAAAUUUUUACUGAUUGCUGUAAACUGCUUUGGAAGCCUAUUUUCAUCUGAAGAGUGGGAUGAAUAUCGCUUUAAAUAAAUAAAUAUUUUUGGGA